ACGACCUGUAUGCGGGGUAUCUGCCGCCUUACUGAUCAGAUAAAUUCGACGAGUACCUACUGACUGCUUUCUUGGGAGUGAGUGAUCCUUCUAAGGCGGAUGCCUGUGUGAAUGCUGACUGUGUUCUCUCACAGCUUUCUAUGUUAUUGAUGCAAGUAAUCCCUGUGUACAACCUACGAGCCUGGUUAUGUAUCAUAUCCGAUUCGCCGUGGUCUUCCACCGACCUAUAUGCCCGCCUUUCUCGGGGGCGGCUGAGCGUGCAGUCGUCGGUCCGACUACAGCACUGGAUGUUCUUGUAUGAGGAAGAACCGCUUUCAUCAAACACCGACCAUAUCAUCCGUCAUAUGAACCUCCUCGGAGAGUUGUCAUUCGUUCAACGGAUCAUUGCCUUGAUGAAGGUCAGCAAUCCGUCCUCUUCAUUUUACUCAUGCGGUGGUCGGUCUGCAAUUCACUCCCACCACGAUCACGACCAGCUAUUUCCUAGUAUCUCAGGCGCACCUGCCCCACCACAAGUGCACCUCCACCUCGGCAUGACAGGGCUGAGCAGGCUGGCCAAGGUGCUCCCGAUCCUCCGCCUCGCUUCCCAAGGGACGUCCGUUCGCUUCAUCCAGUGCUCGAAUCGCGACGUCAGCGAGGGUUUAGAGUAAUCGAACCUCGGUGGGGGUUGCUCGGCUUAGAUGGCUCCUUAUAAGAAGCAGGUUGAGCGCGCUCUCCCUUCAUCAUCUAGACUGCCCCCCUUUGAGGAUU